AUGGCUACAUCUUUCGCUUCUUCUUACUUCUUUCCUACCUUCUUUCACUAUCCAUCUACGCCGCCUAUCUCACACGAAACUACCUUCCGCGAUCUAUUCGACAUCGACAUCAUCAUCACGACGUAUACCUUUGCCAAGCAGGUUUUCCACAUCUCCAUUGAUGGUGUUCACCUCAUGAGUCCGGUUUUUGCCGGGUCUGGAGCUUUUGUUCACGGCGGCCUUUACUUUGUAGCGCUCGACACGGCGGAUGAAAGCUUGAACUUACCCGACGAAGACGACAGAGUUCAGAAGCUAGGCGUGAUCAUGGUCAAAAUGCAUCAUGGGAAGCACCUAGGUGUAACACCUAUGUUGCCAAAUGCUGCUGAAGCCGAGGAAAUGGACGGAGACAUCAAUGUCUUUUCGGAGAAGGCUUUGAAAGGCAGGGGGGCUAGCACGAAUCAAUAUGUGCACCGAAGCAACAUCGACUUUGUGAACGGCAAAACGGCCGAUGCAACCUUUAUCCUACGCUAUCGAUCUCUCGAGUGCCUGAAGAGCCUCCUCAUCGUUGAGCGGACUCCGCCCCCUGUGCCGUUGGAGGAGCGGGACUUCGACAGUCUCAGCCUGGAAGAGCUCAGACAGUACCACAAAAACACCCAGGAGCGUGCUCGAGCUGAAAAAGCUGCGAAGGAAAGUCAUGUGAAGAUCAAGCCGGAGGACGAUGACCUCAACCCAGGGCCACGUAAAAAGUCCCGCCCAAACACAGGAUCUAUUCAGCUCGAGCUUGACGAAACGGGCAACGGCUUUCGUGAAGUCUCGAAGGCGGGUUCAAGCAGCGCUCGGUCGAAGUUCAUUCAGAUCGACUGA